ACCGGCGUAUUUUUGGUCGGUCUAAACGACAGUUGCAUUUACAAAAUGUUACCGAUUGAGGUCUUUACGUGUUUCCCCGGUCAGAUGUGGGACAAAGUGUUGUCAAAGGUAAAGAAAGCUGUUGUAUUCAUGGACGACAAGUGUGCUGAGAGUCUUCAUUGGAACGGUGGAGCUACAAGUGUAUUUGAAGCUGGUGCUCGUAAUUUAAAAGAGUUUUCAAGCUUCGAAGCCGGUGGUGAAAACGAACCAAAAGCUGUGUUUGUGGUGAGCACUCUGCUGAAGGGGAGGACAGCUGACAUUAUCAAAGACAUUAUUGGACUCAGUCACUUUCAGUAUUGUGUUGUUUUCACCACCGUAGCCCACUCUAUACAACUCCUCGCUAACAAUGUCACUGCUGAAUUAGAGGGGAACCCUGUGUUCGAGCAGUUUGAAGAGAAGCUGAGCGAGUGGAUGGGAGAUAUGAACUACACCGCUGAAGUUAUACAUGCGCCCGUGGUCUUCGCUCCGGUGUCACCACAGCUCCUUCUCGCACCAACCUUCGCGCACCUGUUCCCGCUGUUGCCACAGGACCUCAAGACCAUCAAUAUAAAGCGAACAGAGAAGAAGAGGUUUGUCAGUUUGACUGAUGUUGACAUGCAGUCUCUUACUCCGGAGUUGCAGAUUGAAAUUAAAACCCUGGCCUCUGCGGUUAAUUCCAUGUUUGAGUCCACCAGCACCCGGGAGGAGAGCUUUGCAGUGGGUCCAAUGAGCCGUCUCAUCGCUGGGGAACUGGCCAACCAUCCUCAAGCAAAAAGCCGCAGAAAGACUGCCACCAAUAAAGCAUCCAUCGUCUUCAUCGACAGGACACUGGAUCUAACAGGGGCUGCUGGUCACCAUGGUGACAGCCUGGUGGAGAAGAUCUUGACUGUGCUGCAGCCUCUGCCAGGACACACCACUGAUGUUCAGGUGGACAUGCUGGAGCUCACUAACCUGCAGCACAUCCCAGACUCCCAACCUACCCUGGCUCCAGGCUGCCUGGCACAGACCCAGUUGUCCACGGCCAGAUUGCUAUGGGAAACCAUGCUGGCCAGUAAGCAGAAGGAGGCUGUGAUGGAGGUUCGUAGACAGCUGGUGGAGGCCGCCAGCAAGGAGAACCUGCCAAUCAAGAUGAGUCUGGGCCGUGUAACCCCGGAGCAGCUGUGUUCCUACGUGCAGCUGUUUAAAAGUAGCUGGGGGGCGCUAGAGAGUCACUGUGGGGUGCUCCAGCUGGGCCUGGCCACCGCCCAGACUCUCCACCACCCCACCCUGCCCCGCUGGGACACCUGCCUGGCUUUCGAGAGACUGCUGCUGCAGGCUCUCGGAGACUCUGACUUUGCUGGUGUUCUGAGGCAGCUGCUGCCCCUGAUGAAGCCUCGCGGUGAGGAGGGGUCCAGCCCAGAGUCCAGUUCAGGUUCUCGGUCGGGGGAGGAGGAGUGUGGUCCAGAUGAGCUGCUGGUGCUGCUGGUCUACCUGUACUCCCUGGCUGGAGAGGCCCAGCCUGCAGACGAUGAAGAGGUGGAGAAGGUGGAGAGGGAGCUGAUUGGAGCGCUCACCCUGGUCAUCACCAGAGAGACGGAGCUCAGCCCGCUGCUGCAGAAACUCACCGGGUGUGGUAGUCCUGAGGAGCUGACAAUGGAGAGGGCCCAUACAGCAGUGGAGGGGGUGUUUGAGACCCUCAAAGAUUUGAGCCAUGCCCGAGACCACCUCAAACAGUUCACCUCCGUCUACACAGCCAGCGAUGGAGUACACCAGGCGACGUACCGUCCGUUCCUCAGACAGGUUCUAGAGGAGAUCUUCCACCCAGACAGACCUGAGUGUCCCGACAUAGAACACAUGUCUGGAGGCCUCACCGACCUGCUCAAGACUGGCUUCAGUAUGUUCAUGAAGGUGAGCCGGCCACACCCCAGCGACCACGGCCUGCUCUUUCUCUUCCUGGUGGGAGGAAUCACUCCCUCUGAGCUCCGCCUGAUCCGCGAGGUAGUCACCGUCUACAAGCCGGGCACACAGGUGCUGAUCCUCUCUACCAGACUGUUGAGACCUACAGACGUCCCCGAGCUGCUCUUCACCACCCAAAGACUGGUGCCAGAUAUUGGUGUGUGAGCACGGAACAAGGACCACACACACACACACACUCCACCAACACCUACCGCUCUUAGGGUGUGGAGAGGAGAAAUGAGAGGCUCCAGUGAGAUUGUGUGGUUUGGUAAUGGACUGGAGUCAUGGGUGUGGUGAGGAGAGGUGGAGGUUUAUGAAUUCGAACUACAGAACAAAACAGAGGAUCUCUUUAGGCUUUUUUUCCAAAGGCAUUCCCAAAUGUUUACUUCAGUUGUGUUACGUUAGAGUCCUCUCCCUUCCCUUGUACUCCCCAAAUCACGUUGUAAGGCAACACUUAGGUACUUAUGGAUUCUCUCAUUCCAAACUGUGCAGAAUGUAAACGUGACGUAAUCUGGUCUCGUAGCUCAUGACAUUCAAAUCAAGUUACUUUAAUACAUGUUUUGUUGUUUACAUUCAAUCUGAAUGCGUUGAAUAAAUCUCCUAUAUUUGUGAAACCCA